ACUGCCAAGUUAUCUCUAGCUCUGUUCUUUCUUACACUUUCUCAUAACAGUUUUGAGGCUGGAAUGUUGUGCUUUGUUUGUUUUUGCAUCUUUGACCACCAAGAUGCAUCAUUAGCAUGCUUGUGAGACUUUUGAUUUCUUGACGUACAAACUGAUAGUCAUAACUUUGUCUCCUAGUGCUGAUUUUGCCUUUUUUCCCCCUUUCUAGCAUCUUGUGGCAGAGCCAUUCCCCACUAGAAAAGUUGGAGGACAUGGCAGAUGAACUUUCCUGGAUCAACCUCAUUGAUGACAGAUUACAAGGAUCCAAAGAAUUAACAUCGGAGUACUCAAUAUCCACUUUAGUAAAUACAACCUGUUCCCUCACUCACAUUCUGGCUGAGGAGAACUUGGAAACAACUGUGCCAAACUGAUUUCAUGACACCUUAGCACAAAAUGAUUUACUGUACCAGAAAAAUCAUAUCUACAGGAGGAAAAGUAAACAUCAUCCACAGGUCUGCUACUCCAGGAGCAUACGCAUCUCUCACCCUCCUUCGGUUUCCUUUGCAGAGGAGAUGGAGUGAGCUGGCUCUGUCAGCAUUCAUGACAGAAACCAAAGUAAAGAACGGGCAAGAGGAUGCUGAUAUCAACGAAUUAAAGACACGCGAGGAGGCAGAAAAUGCUGCCAAAAAAUAUCUGAGGGCACACAGAGGGAGCAUCUUGUGGCAGAGCUAUUCCCCACCAGAAAAUAAGGAGGACAUGGCAGAUGAACUCUCCUGUAUCAAUCUCAAUGAUGACAGUUUACAAGCAUCCAGAGAACUAGCAUCAGAGUACUCCAUUUCCACUUUAGUAAAUACAACCUGUUCCCUCACUCACAUUCUGGCUGAGGAGAACUUGGAAACAACUGUGCCAAACAGAUUUCAUGACACCUUGGAACAAAACGACUUACUGUACCAAAAAAUUAUAUCUACAGGAGGAAAAGAAAACAUCAUCCUCAGGUCUGCUACUCAAGGAGGCGUGAAUAUCAUCUCACCCUCCCUCGGUUUCCUUUGCAGAGGAGAUGGAGUGAGCUGGCUCUGCCAACAUUCAUGACAGAAACCGAAGUAAAGAACGGGCAUGAGGGUGCUGAUAUGAAAUCAUUAAAGACACACAAGGAAGCAGAAAAUGCUUCAAAUAAAACAUCUGAGGGGACACAGGAGGAGGUUAGGGUGGAGGACAUCACUUUUACUAACACAAAUUUAGUUGUGUUAGAGAUCGUGGAUAAACAUCUGAAGAAAAAGAUCUUGAGGGAGAUGAUCCUGACAACAGACACAACUCCACCAGUUCUGACAUCACCAGCCUGAACACACAGAAUAUCCUUUAUGCUGUGUCCCCUCCAUCCCUUUCCUAGCAUGAGAAUGACUAUGAAAUAUUCAAAGACAUUAUGAGGAAGGAGGUAGCAUCUGAAUCUCCAGAUGAGCAGCUCCAGAAAGCACCCAUAGCUGCCAACAAGCACACUAGAAGGAGCUCCAAAGGUGUGAGGGGGAAGAUCAAGAAGCUGUUUGAAAUGCUUUCUUGUUGUCUCCCUACCCUGAGCAGGGAAUAUACAACAUCCAGGUAAGGGAUAACAAGGACUGGGAAAUGUAAUUUCUAGGAAAUGAUGCCCUUGGACCACCUAAUUAGCAUUUGUAUUUGAUAUGUUCUUUGCAAGGCACUUUGCCACAGACAGGCUUCAGCCAUUUUUGGAUACGAACAUUAAGGUACCUGGCAACCUAGAAGAUUUUUUCACACUGAUUCCUGCUCAUGAAGACACUGGGAAAGUGGAGACAAAAGUAGACGGAACAGAGAGUUGGCCUCGGCUGUAAUGCUAGGACUUUGUGCAAGGGACAACAGUUUAGAAAGAAGAAUCUUGUGGAGAGCUCUGGUACCACAGAGCAGAUUUUUCUCUUUUCUUUUUCAUAUCUUCAUUUUUUUACUUCUACAUUUGCUUCAACUUUUUUUUUAAUCAAGCAUUUUCUCCUAUCUAUAUAUUUAUCUUUCCCAUUUUGUACAUUGGUUUAUUUCUAAACCUUAAAGCUGUUGUCAGUACAUAUUAGCUGAAAAAUUAAAGCAUUCGAUAGCUCACCAGCUUUGUUUCUUCCCACAGAAUUUUUCUGGUCUGAUCAAUUCCCUUUUCAUUUUCAAACUCAUCACAUACCACCAUGCUACUCAUGAGACAAAAUAUGGCAGGGAAUCUUGAGGGACAACACAUUUUCUAAUGGCAUCGCAGUGUCCAGGACAGGCUACCCUCCUUAUGAUUCCCAUAAUUGGGAGUUCAAUAAAAAGGGACUGAGUAUCACGAGUAUAGAAACUAGGAGGUCUGCAGCAGGCAGUCAGAGACACUAAAGAAUUUGAGGGUCUAGGUGAGAGCAAUAUUGAAGAAGCCCAUGUGUUCACUCUCCACUGAAUUACACUUCUCUUACUCAGGUCAUCAGAGAGCUCAGAGUGCAUUCUUGUUGUUACUGCUGCUUGUUUUAUAGUCAAAAUGGUCUCCUAAAAGUUAUAAUGAUAGAAGUCUAAUACCAUCUCAUUAUCUCUGAAUUCCUGGUCACUACAGGGGGUGCUAUCUGGGGAGGUUGUGAAACACCCACGUAGUAGAACAUGUAGUAGAACAUAGAAGGAGAAACUGGGUCAACACAGGCAGUGGAACCCAGAAAGCCAUGCAAGCAUGCUUGAGAUCCACCUUCCCAAGUCUCCAUUCAUGCCUUUCCUGUGCAUUGUGAGCUAGAGUAUGAAUGUAGGACUUACGGAACCUAUUGCUUCUUCUCAGGGAUUGGGUCACUUCAGGAUUAAAUGAAUGCAGUUCUGGGAGACACAAGGAGGAAAAAUUCUUUUGGUCCUGAGUAACAUAAUUGCAUCCUUGCAAUGACUUCACUGGACACACUGUGCACUCUUGCAGACCCCGCCCAUUGAAGGCACUGGCCAGUCUGAGUCUCAUCCUCACACUGCAGAGAAUGUGUUGCCUUUUGCUUUCAGGGAAUUUGUACUCAGAAUUUGGGUCACCUUCACAUGGUUAUCAUUGAUCACUUGGAAACAGACAUGUUGGCUUGAUUUGACCUAAGAGUUUGUGUUUCUUUCCUGGAUUGUUGGUUUAUAUCUAUGUCUUUUGAAUGGUGUUUGAAUUAAUUUGUGCUUUCAAAUUAUUUACUUGUUUUUAACCAGCUUAAUUCUCCUCUUAGAUGAGCAUGAUUCUUUGACAUGUUUACAAUAUCCUUUUCUAAUUUUAAGUCUUUGCUAAUAGGAGAUAUUCGCAGAAAGUAAGCUUCAAAAUUGUGUGCACUGUGAACACCUCCAGUUUGAUUCCAUCCUCCAAGCUUUUUUGAGCCCCAAAUGUCACCUAUUCUCUUGAUGACCUUCCUGAAUUAUCAUGUCCCAUCCACCAGAAAACAAAACCAUGCCAUCUCAAUUAGGGACAACCCACCACACUGCCAUGUUCAAUGAGGCCUAUCAUCUUUUAGAUCUAUCCAUAUGAUUUUAAGAAAAAAAACGAAUAUCAGGUGUGUAGAAGUGAUGAUGUCUAUCCUAGAGAAUUCUUAGAGAACUUUUAGGCACAAUGAAAAGGCCACUGAAGAUGUUUUGACCUCAAGUAGUCCAGACACAAGUCACUAGUCUAGGUCAAUGCAGAGUUUCUGAUUCUACCUUCUUCUGACUAUGAUGCUUACCCAAGACUGGGGGAAAACGUCCUCAAGGUUUGAUGUGAAAGGCCUAACACUUCAUAUGUGCCUGAAUGCUUGGUCUCUAGUAUGGAGUGCUGAUUGGUUUGGGAAGACAGAAAACCUUAAAGCACUGGAGAGCAGCAGGAGGAAUUAGGUGACUGGAUGCAGCAAGGGCCUGCCAAAGCCAUGGAACCAGCUGCUUCAGCCUCAUCUUCCCCAGGCCAACUUCCCCAGUUCCUCCAUCUGCCAUGCCUCCCCUGUUCUCAGAGGGCAUGAGACAAGGGAGUCCUGUUGUCCCUUAAGCUGCUUUCUGAUACGGAAAUGUUCACUGCCGUGAUAAAAAUAAUGCAGUCCCUGUUAUUAGAUAGAGAAACUACCUUGGGUUACUCCUUGCUGUUACUGGUUCAACCUUGGAAGUGACAUCACUUAUUCUUUGUGAGAAAUGGUAGGAAAUUUUUCCUAAAUGACGUUUAGUGGACUGGGCUUUAUUCUGAAGGUGCAGAGAAAGUCAUGUUGGAUGGAAAACAUUUGGAUCUAGCAUUGGUUCUGAUACAUUUGGGAUUUCCCAGUCUUAUGGACCUUGACAUUGGGAGUUUUCUUCCCUAUUGCCAUGAAGUUCAUGUUUUGCACAAUCUUUUAAUUCACAGAGUCACUGCUG